UCUUUCUCUAUCUCUCUCUCUCUCCAGCAAAUUAAACAAUGGCAGAAAACGAGGAUGUUAUCUGCUUUGAAGAAGGCAUCUCUUGGCUUCCUUCACAUGUUGUCGACGAGGCUUGUCAUCAUCACCAUUAUCAACAAAAGGCUCAGUUUGGGUAUCCAAGAAGCCGACAACACCGUCCGAUGCCCUGUCCGAGUUACUCAAGAUGUUCCCAGCAGAGAACAAGACAUCCACCGAACUGCGCGGCAGCGGUGGGCGGAGGACGAGGAAUGCAGGCCAUCUUCCUAGAUUCCGGCAGGUCAUGUAGCGGGACCGGCGUUUUCCUUCCUCGGCAAACCGGGACCAAUGGCCAUUAUGCAUCAACUAAGCAAUUUCGUCCUCCUCCUCCGGUUCUCCUCCCCGAUCGCGUUGUUCAAGCUCUCAAUCUUAAUGUGCAUGAACUUGGCAUGCAAAAUAAGCCUUGCAGAGAUAGUGUAAAAAACACAAAAGGAAAUAAGGACUGCAACAAUAGAAAGAAAGCUAGCGAUUGCCACUCACCUGAGAUAUUUCUCCCCAAGGAGUGGAUUUACUAGAGAUACAUCCCCUUGAACAUAUAUAAAGAGAGUCUUUUGUGAGAUAUGUCUCACAUGAAAUGUGUAAUACUUUUUUAUAUAUAUAUAUAUAUAUAUAAAUUCAUAAAAACGUAUUAUACAUUUCAUGAUUAGACCGCCUCACGCAAGACUAAUCUAUGCAUACAUUGGUGAUCAAA